GAACCUUCUUCAUUUUGUCGAGCACUGGGGACGAUGAAGUAGCUCCAUAGGUCAGUCCCACGCCACUUCCUCUUUUUCUUGUCCACCAAGCUUAAAACUAGGGCGCGGAUGAAUGACGCGGAUGCUCAAAUGGGAGAGGCUGCCGGCGCAGAGAGCUCGCGCAGGCCACACCGCCACGCUCGUUGGCGGCAGCAGGAUGUUGGUCUUCGGUGGACGAUGCGGAGACCAAUUCAUGAAUGAUUUGUGGGAAUUCGACCUACAGCGCGAGAAAUGGAGGCAGCUCCAAGAGCACGCUCCUUUUGCUGCCCGGGCUUAUCACUCCGCGACAGUGGUGGGGAAGAACACGCUUUGGAUCAUCGGUGGAAGUGAUGCCAAGACGAUCCACGAUGAUGUUCACGCUCUUAACACGGAAACUCUCGAGUGGUCUACUCCAGUUUUAAAAUCACAAGGAACUCCAAGAGGUACUCACGCAGCUGUGAUUCACCCUCUAAAUCCGAAGUGUAUUCUCGUCUUUGGUGGCUAUGGUGGAUUCAAGCCUGGGACUUUUAACUGGCUUGGCGAUCUCUCGGUGCUAAACACAGAUUCUUUGCAGUGGGAGGUGCUACAACCGGGAGGAAAUUGUCCUUGCUCGAGGGGUUAUCAUAGCUUUACCACGUUUGGACACAACGUUUUACUCUUUGGAGGGAAGAACAACUCUGGUAUAGUUGAAGAGGACGAUUUGAGUGUGUACGAUGCCUUUGAGAACAAAUGGUUUACCAUAAAACCGUCCGGCGAAGCUCCUUGUCCUCGCUCAAAUCACGCUGCGGUACUGGCGCAUGAAACGAGCAUAUUUGUCCAUGGUGGUCGCUAUGGAAAGUCACGUUUGAACGAUAUUUAUUCGCUCGAGAUUGCUGCCAGCGGCGCUUCUUACCAGUGGCAAAAUUACGAUUCUAAAGUGGUGGACAGUAAGUCGAGAACUUUGAAGAUAGCUGAUGCAGCGGAUGGGCCAGAAGGCCGUGCGGCACAUUGCCUUGUUGUCUGCAAUGAUUCUCUCUACAUGCUUGGUGGCUAUGGUGGUAAAGGUGGUACAUUCUCUGAUAUGUACGUGGUGCGACGUCUUCCACAAAAAGGAAGGCAAACUAAAUCAAAGGCAACAUCUCGAAAAGUUUCUUUUGUCUCACUUCCUCUGGAGGGUGGGGAAGACAAUGAGGGAUGGUUCAGUACCAGGAAAGAAGCUCUUUCUGCAAGCCAUACUGGUGUAGGCAUUGAAGCCGACGACCCAUACCAUUGGACGCCAGAAGAUACAGCAGAAAGAACUGUGCUGUUAGGGGAGACAUCGAUGAAGCCGUGUAGCAGCACGAAAAGAAAGUCACCUCCGGGAUCUCCUCAAGAAGAUCUCGCAAGAGAAGUACAAAAUAUGCGUAACAAGCGUCUUGUUUUGGAGGGUCAAGUAGCUGCAGCGCAGGCUGGAAUGACAAAAGCCUCGACAGAAUUAGAAACUGUUCAGGCUGAAAAAGAACGUUUGCAACGAAGAGUUGACGCGCUUCAAGAUCAGGUUGACACUGAGAGUACCAAAGCAAGCUUGUUGCAAAGGGAACUUGAGGAGCGGGUAAUAGCAAGCCAGAGAACAGAAGUUUUGUCGACACAACUCAGAGAAGAAUUGCAGGCAAGCGCCUUGAAAUUGGACUCGAAGGAAAGAGAGAAGCAGGAUCUUCACUAUCAACUCAAAUCUGUGGAAAAGAAAUUGGAUGAGCGGGAAAGUUCACUAGAGCGAAUCAAAGAGUUGCACGAGGAUGCAGUUUUAGAGCGCGACGAAUACAAAUCCUGUGUACAAAAGCUGGACAUGGCGCUUCAGAAGCAAAUGCAAGCUCUACAACAAAUGAAGUCAAACUAUGAUACGGAACGCAGUUUCUUAUUACAGGCAAGAAUUUUUGGCUUUAUCCUGUAG